CGGUGUUAUGAUGAGACUUGUGAUUGGUUGAGCUUUGCGCCGACAACGGUGAUUGGCUGCCUUACUUGUUGACAUUUUUUUCUUGCGCCGGAUGUAAUACCGAAACAAAACCUGCAAACGUGCAAGGAUCCUCCUGAGGUGUCCAGGGGCUCCACAGACCCUUUGUGAGAAACACGUCUUUGCUGAAGCCAUCUCUACAAAGUGAGCAGAUCACACAUCAUAUGUCCGUGGUCUAACUCCAUUGAGACGAUGUCUGACUCAGAUGGUCCUGCACCGGAGCCAGCUGGUCUGGACGGUUUACCACCCAUGUACAGCAUCGCCAAGGGAGAGGUGGUCUCUGUGCAAAGUUAUGGAGCCUUUGUCCGGCUGCCUGGUUACAAAAAGGAAGGUUUGGUGCAUGUGAGUGAGAUGUCGGCUUCACGAGUGGAGAAUGCUUCAGAGAUCGUUGAUGUGGGGGAGCAAGUGUGGAUCAAAGUCAUCGGGAGAGAAAUUCGGGGCGAUAAGGUGAAGUUAUCCUUCUCAAUGAAAGCUGUGAAUCAGGGAACAGGGCGCGACUUGGACCCCAACAAUGUCAUGGCAGAGCAGGAUGAGAGGCGGCGGAGACAGUUCAGAGACCAUACAGGCAAGAGGAUUACACUGGAGGCUGUACUCAACACAACAUGCUCCAAGUGUGGCUGCAAAGGUCACUUUGCAAAGGAUUGUUUCUCAGCUCCGGGGCUGCAGUACACCCUUUUGCCUGAAGAGGACGAUGAAGAGCCACAGCAGCAGCAGGCCUCCACUGUGGUGCCGAAGCAAGACUCAGAGAAAAAGAAAAAGAAAAAGAAGGAGAAGAAAAUGAAGAAGAAGAGGAAGAGGGAGAGAAAGGAGUCGGAGAGCGACAGCAGCAGCAGCAGCAGCGACGGCAAAGCCAAGAGGGGGCGCCACAGUCACACUCACGACAAAGAGGACAGAAAGAAGAAGAAACACAAAAAACACAAAUCGCACAAACACAGCUGAAAUGGGGGCACACACACUCACCAACACGCAGAACCCAUGAUUCAAACACACACAUAAACACACAAUCCUACAUUCACACACUGCAGCGAUGUGACAGGUGCAGAAGGGGAAGUGGGCAGAAACAGAGAGACGUCGCUCCGUGUGUCUUGUCAUGCUCUCACCACAAGUGGCAGAAAUCGUCAGCUGUUUUUUUUUUUUUUUUUUUUUGCUUUCCUCCUGCGCUUUGGGACAUUUUUAUUUUAGUUUCUGCCCAUGUGAGCUACAGUAGUGUUUUGGAAGCCAAUGAAGACCCUCCAUCCUGCAUCACUAAGCAAAAAGGAUCGAAUCCCUGCUUGUCCUGAAGUAACCAGCAGCUCCUCCACAGUGCGUGCGUGCGUGUGUGAUUAACAGAUCAUAAGGGAAAAGAUAGGUGUAAGCAAUAUGGCAGCAGGCCACCAUCCUCCUUGGAAAUCCAGAUAUUGUUUACACAUAUCAGGUUUCUGGUGAUCUAAGAAAUCCCUCAGGCAGGAGUGAGGCCUGCCAGGUUCUCUUGGGAGGUUGAGACAUGGAAAUACAUCAAAUAACAUACACAGAGCAACGCACACCCACACACAUAGGAAGUAGUAUCGACACAAACAGGAAGUGUAUGCUACACAGGAGAGACCAACAGGAACUUCUUACAAUAGUGAUAUCCUGAGUUGGCCCGCCUCUUAUUGUGGGUUUGUGUGUAUAUACAUGUGGUGUGUUUGUGUGUCUUACCUCUGGUCAGCUAUGAUCUGCUCACAGUGUGUAUGGUUCUCUAGUUCCUGCAUGGCAACUGUCAACACCAUUAAAUGUUUUUCUUUUUUUUUUUUUUUUUUUUGGAUAGUCAAA